GCUCAUUUAAGACGAAGUUGUACGAGAAUUUUGUGGCAUCCCUCGGUCCUUGGAUUGGACUUGUGAUGCAUGGCAUGGCUGGAUCGGGUACGAAACUGGAUACCCGCCGAAUCUUUGCGGGCCCCGAGUUCCGAUCUUUCCAUCUGGCCCUUUUCGCCGACCAGGACCACCUUGAAUGCCAUGUUGAGCGCCACCUGCCUCCGCCUCAUUUCUCAGUGUAUUUUAAGCCCCAAUGAGCAGGAGUUGCACGCCACUCCGAGUUGUAUAAAGAAGACCCUUUUGGCCUUCGUCAAGAGAGAGGGCCAAUCGCGCAGAGAGAGAGAGAGAGAGAGAGGAGUUUCUGUAGAGUUGGGAAAGGAGAGACAUGGAGUCGUUUAGGUCGAUGCCGAAGGUGGAGCUGCAUGCCCACCUCAAUGGCUCCAUCAGAAACUCAACGAUCUUAGAACUUGCUAGAGAUUUGGGUCAGAAGGGCGUCAUUGAUUUCUUGGACGUGGAGCACGUCAUCAUGAAAAAUGAUCGUUCUUUGGUUGAAGUGUUCAAAUUAUUUGAUCUCGUUCAUGUUAUUACAACUGAGCACUCGACCAUCACGAGGAUUACUAAAGAAGUUAUUGAAGAUUUUGCUUCUGAGAAUGUGGUCUACUUAGAGUUAAGAACAACUCCAAAGAAAAAUGAUUCCAUAGGAAUGAGCAAGCGCUCUUACAUGGAAGCAGUGAUUCAAGGUUUGAGAGCCGUUGCUAGCUUCGAUGUCCAUUUUGUACCUCAGACCAAACAAGUAGCGAGUUCCUUCAAUUCUCAAUUUAUGGAGAAUUCCUUAAAUGGAUCUGCUAAAAAGAAGAUUUAUGUUAGACUUCUUCUCAGCAUUGACCGCCGUGAGACCACCAUUGCUGCAUUGGAAACUGUUGAGCUUGCACUGGAAAUGAGGGAUGUUGGAGUAGUUGGUGUAGAUCUUUCGGGGAACCCCACUGUGGGAGAAUGGGAUACUUUCGUCCCAGCACUAAGUUUUGCAAGGCAGAAAGGUCUCAGAGUAACUCUUCAUUGUGGAGAGGUACCUAAUCGGAAGGAGAUCCAACAAAUGCUGGACUUUGUUCCUGAAAGAAUAGGGCAUGCUUGUUGCUUCUGUGAGGAAGACUGGAGGAAGUUGAAGGCUCUUAACGUUCCAGUAGAAAUUUGCUUGACUUCCAACGUCAUGACUCAAUCUGUUUCUUCCAUAGAUGUGCACCACUUCGCCGAUCUAUACAGGGCACAACACCCUGUAGCCUUGUGCACCGAUGACACGGGUGUCUUUUCCACUAGCCUUUCCCAGGAAUACAGCCUGGCAUCUUCCACAUUCGGUAUUGACAAGGCAGACAUUUUCGAUUUAGCAUACAAAGCGAUUUCGCAAGCAUUUGCCGAUCACAAAGUGAAGGAUGAAGUGAGAAAGAUUUUUUCAUCUGCCAAGGGUCAGGUUUCCUCCAUGGAUCGAAUUGAUCCAUGAUCUCUGCAUAUGCAAGACAACCCCUAAGCUCUAACAUACGGGUCCAUCUAGAGAGCGAUUUGACUGCCUUAGGCCCCAAAGAUCCCCUUGUUUUGGUUAGUCAAUUGAUGCAACUUGGACAGUUCUAGGAAGUCUACGUUUAGCAUGGCUCAAACCUCGUAGGACGUUUCGCCAUUUAAUAACUGUUGCAGGACAAUGCCAUUCGAUCUUAAUAUGCUGUUACUAGAUUAUAAAGAGUGUCUCUUUCCUUU